AUGUCAAAAAAACCGCCUCUUAAACGCGAAGAUUCAAUUCUGAAAAGGUUUUCUACCCGACCAAGACCGAGAAGUCAAGAGACCCUCAACAACACCGAAGGCGAAGAUGAUACGUCCAACAGCAGUAGGAAAAAGAAAAAGAAACGAUCUCGCAAGCGAUCUCGCAGGUCUCGAAAAUCGUCCAGAACUGUCAUCAAUCCGGAUGAAAAUGUGUACUAUUACUGGCUAAUGGUGGUGUCAGUGUGCGUCCUGUACAAUCUCUGGGCACUAAUCGUGCGUCAAAGUUUACCGGAAUUGAACGAACUAGUGUACAUUACUUGGUUAAUGCUUGACUACUUUAGUGAUGUUGUGUUUAUCAUGGAUGUAAUUGUGCAGUUUCGUACCGGUUAUUUGGAGCAGGGACUCAUGGUUUACGAUGGAUGGAAACUGGUUGGACACUAUCUGUUCUCUAAGUUUUUCUUUCUGGACAUAUUUGCAUUGACACCGCUCAAUGUGUUCGGACUGGAUGUCAGCAACAACCCCAUAUCGAGAUUUCCUCGAUUUCUGAAAAUUUAUCGACUGUACUACUUUUAUUACAUGGUGGAAUCGCGCACAGUUUAUCCGAAUUUCUGGCGCGUACUGAAUCUCAUCCACAUCCUGCUUAUAUUGGCGCACUGGUUUGGUUGCUUCUACUACCUGCUGAGUGAGGCUGAGGGCUUCAAAGGGGAAUGGGUUUACCCGUAUCGGCCCGGUAAAUAUUCUACCCUGGCUCGGAAAUAUCUUGCUUGUUUAUAUUGGGCCACGCUGACACUGACAACUAUAGGAGAUCUUCCUACGCCAGAGACCAACGCCGACAAUGUUACGUUUCUAAAAAUGAGUGUCUGUGUUGUUUCUGAACAUAUUCGAGUCACGACGAAACUAGUCAUUUCAAAGGGGAAUGGGUUUAUCCGUAUCGGCCCGCAAUACGAUCAACAAGAGACUCGUCUGAAUGAACACCACCACCAUGACCACCAUCAAGAAACUUCCCAACAACAUCAACAUGCUCCUCCACCGAAGCACCACUACGCAAGGCCAAACUCUCCCCUCUCUAGUAUCCCAGGAGCGGUCACCAAACCGAAAACAACAUCCACCAACAUUACCACGACCAGCCUCACCAGUUCCGAAGAACCGUUCGAACAACGCCGAUUCGGCGAUUGCAUAUUUUUUGAAAAAACGUUGCCGGCUUUGACUGAGCCAUAUGAAUCAAAUUAA